AUGGGUACCUUUGAUUGGAUCGAAACUACUAGAAAACCACACCAGAGAGGAAAAGGGUUUCGAAAUAUGCCCACGAAACGAGUGCCCCUCAUAUCCGACUUCCCCUCCCACCUGACCGUCAUCAUUUCCUACCCAAGCCCCUCGGGACCAACAUCCUCGCCGCCUCCCAGCAAUUCCCACCCACCGAGCAACAUCCUCCUCCUCCUGCACGGCCUGGGCGACACCGCCGCGCGAUUUGCCUCUUUUGGUCGCGCCCUCAACCUCCCCGAGACCAUCUGCAUCACGGUGCAAGCGCCCACGCCGCUGCCGUACGCGCUUGUCGGCGUUGAGGGCUUCCACUGGGGCGAUGAUGUCAUGUUCGACCGCAGUAAUAGCGACGGUGGUGGUGGUGGGCUGGACAUGGACGCCGGCUUCUCGCGCUCUGCCGUGCAGAUGCUGGCCCGCGAGGUCGUGAGCGACGUCCUCGUCCGCAAGUGCGGCUAUCGCCUGCGCGACGUGCUCCUGCUGGGUUUUGGACAGGGAGGCAUGGCGGCGCUGGUGGCAGCGAGGGAGCUGGGGGUGAAUCCUCCGCCUGCACCGUCCUCAGUCUCAAUUUCGCCAAAUCCUACUACGUCCUCUAUCCCUGCCAGCAGCUCGACUAGCGACUACGAUACCUCCCUCGCAGGCGUCGUCUCCUUCGGCGGCCCCUACCCUCUCUCCGCCAGCACCGUCGGGCCCAAAAAUCGCACCCCGGUCCUGCUCCUCGCCGGCCGCGACGAUGCCAAUACCGCCGUCACGGAUGCCGCGGUGCGGCGAACAAAGGAAGUGUUUGAAUUCGUCGAGCUGCACCGCUGGCCGCGCAAGGGUGACGGCAUGCCGCGCAAUCGCGACGAGAUGUUGCCCGUCAUGCGCUUCUUUGCGCGCCGUCUGCGGAGCAGGCAGGGUGUGCCGGACGGGAGCAUUGAGUUGUCUUGA